GUGUGGAAGUGGGUGGGAAGUGAGGGUACUGCAUUUGGGGGGGUCAAGUAGAAUUCAGGUGAAGAGGUUGUCUUGGGUGAAGUGGAAGUUGGAUAGAGGCGUGGCAGAUGGGAGUGUAGUGGGACUCAAAGAAAUGAGGACAUGGAGGGGAAUGGGAGUCAAAGGGUGUGGAAGUGUGGGAAAUAGACACCGGGGUAUGCAGAAGUUGGGAAGUGGAAGUCAGGAUGGAAUGGAGGUGACAGGGCAAGUGGAGGUCAGGAGGAAGUGGAAGUCAGGUGGAGGCAGGUGGAAGUGGAAGUGGGGGCAGAUGUGGAAGUGUGAGGAAGUGGAAAUCUAGGGUCUGUUGUAACUGGAAGUCAGAGGUGGGAGUUGAAUUCAGAGGUAGUUAAAGUUGGGGAAAUGUGGGUCAGGGAGGACGUGGAGCUGGGGGAAGUAGAAGUGGGAUAUGUGGAACUCAGAGCAGUUGGGAGAAUUGGACAUGGGGUGAAAAUGGAAGUCAAGGUGGGGUGCAAAUUGGGAUGUGGAAGUGGGUGCAAGCAGAAUUUGGAGCAAGUGGAGGUCUGUGAGAGAAAAAGUUAGGGGAAGUGGAAGUGGGGAAAGUGAAAAUGGAGGUGGGGAAAGUGGAAGUUGAGAGUGUGAGAAGUGGAAGUAAGGGUUGGAUUGGAGGUCCAGCAGGGAAAUAGAGGUCUGAGGGGGGAAAUAUAGGUCUGGGUUAGAUGGAAUGGUAAUCUUGGGGGUAGGAGGUAGAAGUCAGGGAUAUAUGUAAGUCAAGGUGGGAGCAUGUGGACGUUGGGGCUGGCAGUGGAAGUUAGGAUGAAACAGACGUGUGUGGAGGUUUGGGGGAUGUGGAAGUAGGUGUGUGGAGGAUGUUGAUGCCUGGGGGGGGGGGGUCGGAAGAGGAUGUCUGGGGAAUGUGGAAGUGGGGAGGAAAUGGAAGUCAAGGUUGGAGGAAGUGGAGGUGGGCAGGAAGUGAAGGUCUGGGGGGAUAAUGGAAGUCGGGGGAUGUGGAAAUCGAGGUUUGAAGUGGAAGUUGGAUGUGCGGCAAGUCAUGGGAACUGGGGAAUAAGUGGAAGUUGGGGAGGGAAUGGAAGACAGUGUAUGGAGGGAUGUGGAGGUCGGGUGAAGCGAAUGUCUGGGAGGAAGUGGAAAUGGGGAGGAAAUGGAUGUUAGAGUUGGGGAAGUCAAAGAUGGGGUGCAGUGGAAGUUAAGGGGUUGAGGAAUGGGUGGGAAUUGCAAGUGAAUGUCGAGGAAAGUGGAAGUUUGGGGAAAUGGAAGUCAAGGAGCAAAAUGGCAGGUGGGGUGGUGGAAAUCAAAGGAGGCAUUUGACAGUCCAAGAGAAGAAGAGGGUGGAAGAUGCCUGGCUGCUGUCCAGAAUGUGGCUCUUCUGAGGUGGUAGAGGAUUCCCACUACAGCCAGAGCCACUUGGUAUGUACGGAAUGUGGCUUCGUGCUGACUGAGGGCCUGCUCACCACCACACGCUCUGAGGAAACUUUCUCCCAAGCAGUGAGAUACAGUGAGAGCACGGCAGAGGUGAAAAAGCCUUGUCGCAACCAGAUACAAGGUCAGAAGAGAGUACACGACUUGUGUCGUAUUUUGCGAGUACGUCCAAUUGUUGAAGACUCAGCCAGCGAGCUUUACCUGAAAGCGUAUGAGCAUCAAAGUUUCCUGCAUGUCACUCUGGAGAAGAAGGAAGCCUUGGUGGGCUGCUGUGUUCACAUCUCAUGUCGCCAGCACAAUUGGCCUCUGACCCUGAGUACCAUCUGCUCGCUGCUUCACGUGGAGCCCACCCUCUUCUCAACUGUCUACCAGCAGCUGCUAAAAGAACUAAGGCUGGAUAUCCCAACGCUCAGCCUUUUGGAUCUUGUGAAAACUCACUGUGAUGGUUUUAAUUUGUUCCAGAAUUCUGCAUCAAUCCCAUCCCAGUUUCUGGAGAAUAAAGAAAAGGUGGUGGAACGUGCCAUGCAGCUUGUGGAGCUGGCCAGUGAGACUUGGCUGGUGACUGGAAGACACCCAGUGCCUAUUAUCACGGCAGCAGCUUACCUGGCCUGGCAGUCACUGCUGCCUGGACACCGUCUGAAGUGCAGCCUGGGAAGGUUCUGCAAGCUAGUGGGAGUCAGGCAGCCACCACCUGCCUCUCAGCGGGUGAAGGAGAUGCUUGAUAUUCUGGUCAGGCUGGCAUCACAGCUUGCCUGGCUGGUACCACAGCAGCUUGAUGCUAAGACUGUGGUGAAGUACACUGAUGAUAUUCUCCGCCACCGUACCCUGUUACUCAAGCAGACGCUGAGCCUUGCAUGGGCAGACAACACAAAUGUGCAGUCAGACCUGAGCAAACAAACUGAAAUGGGUGGGGGUGCUGAGGGUGGGAGCACGGAUGGGGAUGGUAGGAAGUCAGUGUCCUCCCUUGCGGAGCAUGCAGGAGACAAGGUGUCAAGGCAGACGUGCAUAACACCAGUCUUCCUCCCUCCGUGCCUCAACCAAAGGAAGAGGAAAAAGGCAUGCCCAGAAGCAGAGGCCAGCCUCCACACUGAGCCAACCACUGGAGAGGAGGAGAUAUCUGACAGUGAAAUUGAGCAGUACUUGAGGACGCCCGAGGAAGUGGCAGCCUUCAAGGCAGCACGUGCCAUCCUUUGAUCAUUCACCAAGUGCUUGUUGUAGAGAAACAGAGCCUCGUCUUGUCCGAUGCAGAGUCUCUGCGCUGAAGGAAGAAGAAACUAUCAUCCCCACGCUAACUGAAAACUAUAAAUUAGACUGAUUAGAGUUCAGUGCAUUGUGCAAUGUGGUAUCAGUAAAGUAGAUAUUAAAUUUCCAAUGGCACUGCAGGUUAACAACAUUCAUCCGAAGGAGUGCACCUUCAUUGGUGCAACAGCCCCCCACGCUCCCCACAAAAUGGAACUGUGUUCCCAUUUCAGCACAGCUUCUAAACUAUUUAAUUCAGGAGCACAAACAUUCAAUCUCUUGUAUUUUAAUCACAAAAUAACAUUUUUAUUGCAUUGUCACUGACAUGCUCUACAAGCUUACACCAUUCCCCACAUCUCCCCUCUAACACAAGGAUCAUUCUCUAUACAUCAAGCAGCUUAUUUUAAAACACAUCCACUUUUUCCUCCUUGUUUGAGUCUAUCAACAAACAAUAAGACAUCAAAACGCCAAGGUAUAUUCAUGUGAUUUGCUCAUCAUCAGACAUAUUUACAACUGAGAGUUGCACAGCCAUGUUAACCUUAGAAAUGUCAAAGUAUUUCACCCCAUUAAAUAUUUCAAAGCAACAACAACAAAAUCUUGUACCUCACAUGUCCUGAGUCACGGUCAAGUGAAAAGCAGAAGUGGUGCAUGGCUGGAGGUGACAGGAAUGGACAGGGAGAGAAGGCAAGUGUGAUCAGAGGUACCACUUCUGUUCGAAGAGUGACUUGUCCUGUUAACAGGAGUCUAUAAUUGAAUUGGAUCCUGCUGGCAGGAGGAACAGGUAAUCCCCUAGUUCAAGUUUAAGGUGGGACUCCGAAGAUGACGAGAAAAACGUGUUGUAAAUUCACCAGCAGAUGAUCACACACAGCUGAACUUAAAAAGAUUAAAUAGAAGAGAGAUGUGUUGUGAGUCUGUUUUCUGAAAACGUGUCCCGUUCCAUUUCAAUGGUCUCCUCAGUAAUAGGCAGAAAGAGCUAGGUAGCCAGUCUUAAUCUGGUUCAGAUGGGUAUUUAACAAAUGAAAUUGCAGCCAACUCCUUACAGAACUCCUCCAGGACAAUGACACCCUUCAGAAUUGUGGUGUGAUCCACCCUGCAAAAUUAGCAAAUCAAAAAUCAAUUUAAUUGAACGUGUAAAUAAGGUGGCAAAGAUGAAUAAUCACAAAAGUAAACAAUGCUGUCCUCUGCUCUUGUAACACCCUCUAGUUCAUCCUGAUAAAGCAAGUGAGUGUGUAAAUCUGCCGAAAGGUGUCGUGCAGAGGUCAAGCCGAAUUUGGGGUUUUAUCCUGAGAGGACAGCUGGAGGAGGGCUGAAGCUUUGACACUGAAUUGAGUCAGUAGGAAUUGGGCUUGCAGAGUGAGAGUUUCAGAAUGGGGAUGUGGAUUUGCAGACUGAGGAGAAGUGGAGUAGGAAUGGAAAAUCCCUCCUUACCUGGGACCAGCCUAAUGAAUCUCCUCCAGACUUUGCUUAGUAUUCUAGUUGUGGUGUGAUGAAUGUCUUGUAUAGUUUUAGAAAAAUGUUCCACUGUGUCCACUCCGUUCCCUUUGAAAUAAUGGCCAACAUUCUAUAUUGCCACCUGUACUUGGAAGCUAGCUUUAGAAGAUUCAUAAAUUCAGUACAUCAAAGUGUACAAAAAUAUCUAGUUUGACAAAGCUUGUCUUUGAUACAGCUAAACAUACGAACAUGCAAUGGCUGAAGUUCCUAAAUAUUAAGAACAUGCAGAAUAAUUCCAUGUCACUUACACAUUUUCUGGUUCCAAUCCCAUCAGCUGUCUUCUGACUAGCAGUAGCUUGGAGGGAAACUGUGGGAUUCUCUGGAUUUUCUGCAUGAGAUCUCCGAUUACCUGAGACAAGCAGAGAAUGGGCAGUUCCAUUACAGGAAUCAAUCGGAUUGGGUAACUUAUUUUCUUUCAAGGUCACUGUGGUGAUUGUGAGCAUUUAGUGAUUUUGAGAACGUGGUGGUGAGCCAUGUUCUUCAAUUGCUGAAGUUCACACAGUAUUGGUACACCAACAGUACUUUUACUAAACAGCCACGUGGCUUGCUAACUAUUUUGGAGGGCAGUUAAGAGUCAAACAUAUUGCUGUGGAACUGGUAUCCUAUAGGCUAGGCUGGACUGGUCUGGUCUGGUCAGGUAAUGAUGUGUAGAUUUCAAAAUAGAUUUCGUAAUCAUAAAUAAUAAUAUUAUCAUUUUAACUGCAGAUUUAUUAUUCCCCAGCAUUUAAAAUCCCCAAGCUGCUGCGAAAGGAUUUGAACUUGUCUCUCCAGAGCAUUGUUUAGACAGCUCGUCUAGUAGUGUUACCACUUAGUCACAGAUGUCUUUCUGGAUCAUAGAAUCCUUACAGUGUGCAAACAGGCCAUUUGGCCCAUCGAGUCCACAUUGACCCUUAAAAGAGAGUCCCACCAGAAGCAAACUGUCAUUACAAUAUUGCAUUUCCCAAAGCUAACCCACCCAGCCCACAUUCCUGGUCACUAUGGGCAAUUUAGCAUGGUCGAUCCACCUAGCCUGCACAACUUUAAACUGUGGGAAGAAACCCACGCUGACACAGGGAGAUCAUGCAAACUCAUUACAGACAGUCACCCGAGGAUGGGAUUGAACCUGUGUCCCCAACACAGAUACCAUGCCAUUUUAAUCUCAGUUAUUAUUACAAGAUAGCACCCGAUGCCAUUCUCAGCACGUGAUGAGGUUGGCAUUUAUUGUCCUGAGAAGGUUGUAUUUUAAGAUUAUGGCCAGAUAAUCUGUCUUUAAAUGCCAGUUAAAAGAAUUAUUGGCGAGAGCACCAGAAAAAUCUUUCCCCUUGGAGAUGUGGGAUUGUUUCUAUCCACAAGAGGGUAGAAAGGACUUCAGUUUAAUGUCUCACGAAGUCAAGAACUUCAAGUGAUUUUGAAGUCAUGACCAGGCCGGACCCUAUAGAGGUGACAGGCCAGGGAUCCAAUUGGGUCGUUACAUAAUAAAGCAUGGAUAUUUGUUCCUUUUGCCAUGAACUUGUGACCCUGGGCUGUUAGCCCCAAUGUGUCUCCAACUGUACUAUCCUGCUCACUCGGAUUUGUAACUUCAGUCUGUAUAGUGUUAACAGCUGCCUACUUAUCUAACCUUCAGCACAUCCUGGAUGCUAAUGACUGGUUGAUUGGAACAAAGUACUGAGGUGACAUCAAGACAAGAGUACUCACUCGGACAAUGAUAGAGAAGAGAGAUCUGCAGCUAGGGGAGAGGUUAAUGUAUGGAUCCAGCAAAUACUCAUGGAGGUGAGGAUGAGGGAAAAGUGCUACUUUCGAUAUCACAGAUGUGACUUGCAAAUUCAGGUCGUAAGGCUGAAAGAGAAAAUAUUGAGAUCAAAUUAAUGGAUGCAAUCAGUACUGUUUAGUUGAAUACAGAAAAUUAUUUCAUUAGGUGCAAGUUUUUCAUGGUCUUUAUGAGGCACUUGGGAUAUGUUUUCUUUAAUGUUAAGGCAAUUGACAAAUGUCACUUCUGAGGAAGGGUCACUAAACCCAAAACGUUAACUCUGUUUUCUCCUUCACAGAUGCUGCCAGACCUGCUGAGUUUUCCAGCAACUUUGUUUUUGUACAAAUGUGAGUUGUUGUUCUUGAUCAGUAAAAAUUGAGGGAAACCUCUAGCCCUCCUACAUCUUUGGGAAAGGUAUCCAUCUUCUGAGGGAAGAGAAAUUGCAUUUCUAUAGCAGCUUUAAUGACUUCCGAGGUAUCCCAAAAUGCUUAACAGUCAAUAAAGUGUAGUUAUAGUCGAUGGAAACAUGAAAAUUGAUCUGGUGCAUCAAAAGCAAUGAGGUAAUAGCCAGAUAAUCCAAGGUUGUAGACUUGCUCACUGAGGUGAUGUGUUUUGUCACCCUGCUAGGUAACAUAGUCAACGCGUCAUUGGCUUGUCCAGCAGGUCUACAACGUCGUCCACAUCACAAGCUACAAAUCUUCUCAAAGGCCAGAUAAUCUAAUUCUGGUUAUUAGAGUCACACAGCAUGGAAACAAAUCCUUUGGUCCAAUUUGUCCAUGCUGAACAUCAUCCUAAACUAAAUUAGUCUUACCUGCCUGCUCCUGGCCCACAUCCCUCCAAACCUUUCCUAUUCAUGUACAAUUUCAAAUGUCUUUUAAAUGUUGUAAUUGUACCCAUAUCCACCACUUCAUCAGGUAAUUCAUACCACGUGCGAGCUACCCUCUGUGUAAAACAUAUGCCCUUAUGACUUCUUUAAAUCUCAAGGAAUCAUUAUUGACCUGUCCUCUUUAAUUAGCGAUUUGGGUCUCCUAAACCCACCAGAGGGCAGAUAGUGCUUCAGGGGUUUAAUGCUUCAUGAAAGAUAGCAUCUCUAACAAAUCAGCACUCGCUCGGUACAGUUUUUGUUAUAGUUGUGUUCCCUCAGUACUGACCCUCUGACAGAGCAAUCUUUUUGAUAGUGCAGCACUACCCAGCAAUGACACUGAGACAUUGCAGUGCUCCCACAGUGCCCCAAUCUUUUGCUACUGACCUUCUGAUAGUGUAGCAGUCCCUCAGAACUGACUCGCCAACAGUACAGCAUUCCCCCGUAACAGCAUUUGGCAGUGCAGUGCACUCAGCUCUGAUCUCUGACAGUGAAACACUCCCUUCAGUGAGAGAAUUUUGACAGCUGUAUGGCUGUCCCUCAGUACUGCAGAGCAUCAGACUAGACCUUAUGCCUAAGUCUCUGGAGUUGGGCCUGAAUCCAUGACCCCUUCAUUGAGUUGAAAUGCAAUCCACUGAGCCACAGCUGACCCUGCUAUAGAAUCUUAUCUGGAAUGGGUUGUGCAUUGAUUCACAGCCAGGAAAUAAGCAAGCCAUCAUUUGAUAGCAUCUGAUAAUCAAUUAUCUGAAAUUCUGCUGUCCCUUUCAGCUGAUAGUUACCUGAUGCAAGAUCUGUGCCAUUCUGUCAAACAGGACUUUCAGGAAAUCACCUUCGUAAAAUACCCCGCCUGGGUCACAGCUUUCCAAAUUGCUGCGGGAAAGUGGCCACUUCCAUUCCUUGGCAUUGACACAGCAACCCUGGAACUAAAGAACACAGGACAGGAACAUAGCCUACCACAGCAGGGUCCAUCAUAUCUUUGGAACCAUAUGCUUAAGGCUUUCAUAAGCAUAACUUGUAAAUUGCUCAGUGACCAUUGAGGUUUACCAAGAGUUAUGGCAACAUGAAUACACAGCAUAACCAGGCAAGCCUGCAUGGGGUGCUGCACUGUUUUAAGUGGUACUGUAACUAGGAUAGGCUGUACCAACAAUGUUACAGAAAAUAGUAGGAACGGCAGAUGCUGGAGAAUCUGAAGAAGGGUCUGGGCCCGAAACGUCAGCCUUCCUGCACCUCUGACGCUGCUUGGCCUGCUGUGUUCAUCCAGCUCCACACUUUGCUAUCUCUUGCUACAGAAAAGAUCAAGUUUCCUCCCUGCUGUUAGAAUGUGACCUAUAUCUCAGAACUACCAUUUCCAACCCAAACCUUAACCCAAAGAUGGAGGAUGUAAUCCCAGCAUUUUGUUUUAGACAUUGGGAACAAAUUUUAAUUCUUAAUUAUUUGUAGAAGGCUGCAGGGAAACUUCAAUUGUACAGAACAGAUACCAUUUUUAUACACCAGCAAGGCAAACAGUUGGCUUACCAUUCGAUGUGCAUCCACAAGGUACGUGUCGUAUCCACAGCCUGCUACAAGGUGAGAGGUUUUCACUGUAUCAGGAACGAGACACAAAAAGCUGGAACACAAACACACACAAGCUAAAUCCUUGCAAGGCAACCAGUUCCGAAGGCUUGGAUCUUUGCUUCUCAGUCUUUCCCGUUCACAGUUAGCUGUUGCUAAGUGAGCAGAUCUGUUGCCUUAAAGUCAAAAGGUUGCGGGUUCAAGUUUCACUUCAGGCUGACACUCUGUGUGCAACACUGAGGGAGUGCUACAUGGUUGGAGGCGCAGUCUGGAGAUGAGACAUUAAAAACAAGGGCCUACCAACCCUCCCACAUUGACAUAGAAGAUUCUCAUUACUUCAAAGAGGACCAGGGGAGUUUUUCUUGGCAUCCAAACUAAUAUUUAGCAUUUAGUCAACCUCACACAGGCAGCUUAUCUGCUCAUUUUUACAUUGCUAAUUGUAGGAGUUUGUUUGACAUCAGUUGACUGCCAUAUUUUAAACAAUACAUUGCAUUUCAAAGCUACUUUAUUCAUGGCUGCAAAGUACUUUGAAGUGUCGGGUACUCAUGAAAGAUGCUAGUCAUUUCUUUUGGUGUUUUGGGACGAGUCCUAUCUGACUAUUGUCCAAGGUCACACUGCUCUAGUAUUGACCCAUAGUUUCUAGGAUGAUAUUCUGUCCUUUUUCCAACACAAGUGACCACAGAUAUACAAUUAAGAUUGAACACACAACAGCACAGAGAAACAAUUACAAACAAUAUGCAUAGAAUAACCAAGGCUGGGGAGUGGGUUACAGUCUGGAAUGUAUUUGAGGAAUUUGGGGUGUUUUUAUAUAGAAUAACAGAUACCCUGGAGUGAGUUACAGAUUGGAAACUAAUUGAGGGCAUCAGCAAUGGUUUAUAUAGAGAACAAUAAAUACCCUGGAAUGAGUUAUGCGUGAGCAUCUACUUGAGGGACGGAUGGGCCAAUGGGCUGAGGAAUGGCAGAUGGAGUUUAGUAAGAUAAAUGUGAGGUGGUGCAUCAGGGCAGAACUUAUAAAACUAAAGGUAGGGUCCUGAGGAGUGUUGCCGAACAAAGAGAUGUAGGAAGGGUACAUGAACGGGAAGGAUUUAGGGCCAAAUGCUAGCAAAUGGGACUAAGCUCAGUUUAGAUUAUCUGGUUGACAUGAAUAGGUUGGACCGAAUGUUCUGUUUCCAUGCUGUAUGACUUGACACUCAUGUUCAGAGCCGGAAGCCGAGAUCCAGCCCUCAUGUUUUGCGAGCUAGAAAAUGAGAUCUGGCACUCACCUGUUGACAAUUCUGUUAACCUCUGGUUUCCCGUCAGCCUUUGUUGUCUUUUGCAUUGCUGCUGGUGCAACAAGCCAAUCAGAUGCAGGGAAUCUGCUGCCUGUGUAUAUGUCAGUGAAGAAAGGAUCUUCUUCAAAUUCUCUAGAAAAAUAAAAGGAAUGGAGUUUUA